AUGGAGACCUUACGAGCUGAAGGCAACGCGUGUUUCAAGGCCCAGGACUUCCAAGCGGCCAUCGACAAGUACACGGACGCACUCGCAGCUGCUCCGCUGACGUCUGACGUUGCAGGUGAUGCCUUGAAACACGCUCACACGCAGCGUGUGAUCCUCUACAGUAACCGCGCCGCCUGUUACUUGCACCUCCAGGACUUUAUACAGGCCGAAAAAGACUGUACCCUAGCGCUGGAACUCGAUCGAGACAACACUAAAGCCCGAUAUCGUCGCGCUCAAGCGCAUUUGGGACUGGGCAACAUGUCGCAAGCGUUCCAGGACGUUCAUUGGGUACUGCGGCAGACGCCGACGAACAGAGCGGCGAUUUCAUUGGCUCGGACGAUCCAAGAGAAAGUGCAGGAAGACGUUCAUGGUGUGCAGAAAGCUCUGGAUACAAUUGAAAUAGGCGUGCAUGGAGCUCGAGCGGUAGUUGGAGAGACGGGAUUGCAAGACGGACGUCUGCAGACGCGCGAGAAGGCAGUGGAAGCGCUGCAGUAUCUGGAAUCCAAGAGUUUGGCCGAACUCACGAGUUUACCGGAAGAGAUUGUCAAGAGACAAGGACUGGGAGUGCUCUGGAGAGCUUUGAAAACACUUGUAGAGGAGAUGAAAGAGGACAAGAGCAAGGGAGGCAAGGUGUCGAGUAUCUUGACGCACGUGGUGUCGCUGCUGUCGAUUGUCGCGUCGGCAUCGAUGGCGUUGGCAGGACAGACGCUUCUGACCAAUCAUGGUGCACUGAACAUGCUGAUGGAGCUGCUCCGUGGUCAGGUGGCGUUAGAGUAUGCUGCAAAGGACUCUAGCGAGGCGAAGCAGAUGGUCUCGGUUCAAGGACGUAAGGUGAUUAUUCGCCUAGCAGCGUUUAUGUUCAAGUAUCUACUUCUUGAAGCCAAGCCAGGAGACGAGGAUGUGUGUGUACGUCGAGUGCUCGAUGGGUUACUCGAUGGGUUACGCAGUCGGGAACGCGAGCUGCAGAUUGCAGCGCUGGACGGUCUGCUUCACUUCAUCUCUGUGUUGAGUGGUCAGCUUUUGAAUCAAGCUGAUGGUGACGAUAGUGGAGCAAAGGCACGGUUUGCAUCGCUUGCUCAGGAGCUUGGGUUGUUUCCGCUAUUGCAUGCUACUGGAUCCAGUGCUUUGCCUGGGUUUGAUACUAACGUCAAUACUGCUGGGGAGUCGACUUCAGAGCUCACGGCAGUGCUACUGAACCGCCUUCCGCUCGUAUUCACGCAAUGCCUUUCGCAUUUUGAGGAUGACGAUACAAUGCUGAAGAAGAUAGUACGAGACUGGUGCGUGUCUCCGGUCCUCGCAACGCGGCCCACGAAUCGUGUCCAGCUUGCUCAAGGCUCUGCUUCCUGUCUACUUCUGUCAGCUCUAUUCCUUUCAAACGCGAAGCUUGCACUGUGGGCUGUACAGCAAACUGGAAAUGAUGGUACGGCAUUCCUUACGCGGCUGCACGAGUUCUUGGCAGCGUCGCGAACGUUUGACGACAAGAAGGCGUAUACCAGACAAUUGCAAGAAAUUUGGGUUGACUGUGUAGCCAGCAUCUGCGGAGUCGAGCACGGUCCUGCCUGUGUCCCGCCUGCACUGAGAAUUGAAAUCUACCGCAUGCUACAGGCGUCGCUGGAUGAAGAAAGCGAUUUGAUGCUCCGCGCCAGCGCCUUGAGUAUUCAGGUGAAACUCGGUAUCGUUGAGAAGACACUGGAGAUGCCAUCUGGGGACGGACAGUUUCUCAUGGACAAUGUGUUUGAAGUGCUCGCGAGCGCGGAAAUCAUGGAAAGUAAACACAGGGAGGCUGAAAAGGCAAACGAGGGUAAGGAAAAAACAACGAAGCAGUUGUCAAGAUCGCUAUUGUAUUGGAGUGGCGUCUCUCCCAGGGAGCGAGGCAUUGAGGCGCUGUCGUACCUGAUCACGUAUACCUUUGUAAAGGAUGCGUUUGUGCGACACAAAGGGGCUGUGGCUAGCGUAUUUAAAGUCGAGUUUCCAAGCACAAAGGACUCGAGCACUACAGUGCAAACAAGCGCCGGCUUUAGGUCGAACGUGUACUAUGGCAUCGGGUACAUCUUGCACCACGUUUUGACGUCCGAGGCUGCAAUCAAGCGGAAGCAGAUGGAGGGUAUGGAGAUGACGGCUAACCAAUACGAAGAGCUACAAAAGGCACUGAAGCAGAAGUCUGUGCUCGAGGACGGUGAUACGCCUGAGCACGUGGAGGCGCGUGUGACUCGGCUUGCUGCUUCCCGCGAUGUGUUGACCACACUUGUGCAGCUUUUGAAGCUGUCCGCGACCAAGUCAGAAAAUAUUAUGGAAAUGGCGACGCUCAGUGCGCUGCAUGCUGCAGAAGUACCCUCGGUGAGGGGUAACCUGGUGCAGUGCGGCGUCUUCCAGGCACUGGUCCCGUUGGCGUUGCACCAUAUUGCGAUGGCGAGGAGCAAAGGUGGCAAAGCCUCCAAGAGCCCUGCGCAGCUUCAUGGCACGAAUAUAUCGAAUGCUGCGGGACAGGCGAUGGCGAAAAUAUUGAUCAGCACGAACCCGAACCUGGUUCCGUCGUCCUCUCUAUUUUCAUCCAUUCGGCCGCUGUUAGACCUGUGUAAGGGCGAUCAGCAAUUGUUGCAGUUCGAGGCACUCAUGGCUCUCACAAAUGUUGCGAGUGUGUCACAAGAUACCAAAGCGCGCAUUGUGGGUGAGCCGCAGGGGCUCUCUACGUUGCAGUACCUACAGUUCUCGGAGCACGAGCUGGUUCGUCGGGCGGCCACAGAAGCGAUAUGCAACUUGCUUCCAAACGACACGGUAAUCGAACAGAUUUUUAUGAAAGAAGAGAAGAUUCGACUCUGGGUCGCGUUCGCAUCUCUUGAGGAUGAGGCUGAGGAUUUUGAGACAGCCCGAGCUGCUGGCGGUGCACUGGCAAUGGUGUCGCAAGCGCCGCAAGUAAGCUGGGUCCUAAUGCGCCAAGGAGGACUCGAAGCGUUUUCCACCAUCAUCGAAGAAGGAUCAAACGUCGAGACUUUGCAUCGAGCAUUGAUCGGGAUGCAGAACAUGCUUGAGGCAAUUGCUGGUGCUGCAAAGGACGAGGACAAGGCCGAAGAACGGAGCAAGUUUACCGAGGAGGUCCAAAAGCACAGUGUGGCGCUCAAGCAGAAGCUCGCUGUUCACUGCAGUAACGCUGUCAUCAAAGAAGCAGCUCAAAGUUGCCUUGCAGCAUUAGAGCAACUACUUCGUUCGCCGUAG